AUGCCAACACCCGUCGGUAGCAGCAACAACAUCGCAGAAGAUGCUCAUUUUACAUGCGAUACCAAGCCGAGAGCCGUAAGAAACGCGAAGACGACCCACCCUGACGGAGACUUUGCCCAGCCAGACCAUACCGACGAUGUAGCGGAGCCUUCUCCGCCUCCAGCUUCGCUUCGCACAACCUCGGUCGUCAGAGCGCUACCUACUAUACCACACGGUCAGGCUCGCACAGCGCUGGCGUCCAAGCUCCGUGCCGUGAGUGUCGCUGCGGAAAGUACUCCGGAGCCGGCGCCAGUCCAGGUACCGAGCACGUCGGCGUCAAAGGUCAAGACUCGCACAGCGCCAGCGUCCGAGCCCGGUGCCGUGAGUGUCGCUGCGGUAAGUGUACCGGAACCAGUGCCAGUCCGCGUGCCAGACGCGUCGUCGUCCAACGUCAAGACUCGCACAGCGCCAGCGUCCAAGCCCGGUGCCGUGAGUGUCGCUGCGGAAAGUACUCCGGAACCAGCGCCAGUCCAGCGUGCCAGACGCGUCGGCGUCAAACGUCAAGACUCGCACAGCGCCAGCGUCCAAGCCCGGUGCCGUGAGUGUCGCUGCGGAAAAUACUCCGGAGCCGGAGCCGAGCCAGUCCAUAAAACGCCAACGUUCAAGCCUGGGGCCGUGAGUAUCACUACGGCAAGUGUUCCGGAGCCGGCGCCAGUCCAGAUGCCAAACGUGUCGGCGUCUGACUUCGACACUCGCACAGCGCCGGCGUCCAAGCCCAGAACCGUGAGUGUCAUCAAUGCUGAUGCUGCCAAAUCCUCUAAUAUUGUAGUAGCAACAAUGGAGGGUAGUUCCAUUGCCAACAAACCAAGUGAUAGAGAAUCCGCCAAAGGGAGGGCUUUGAAUCCUGGUGCAAGCGCUGCCACAGCCAAGAGUCACUUCGCCACGAAAGGCUAUUUGUGCUCAGUCCCUCCAAGCAAUGACAGCUUAAGAGCAACGGCGGAUUUCUCCGCUGGCAAAAAUAUUGCUAAGAAUACUGCGGUGUCUGGUCAUGCAGUGGAGAAGAAUCUAGCUUUUCGAGAAGCGACAAUCCAGAGAAAUACACAUUCAUUGUCUGGUCAAGAUGCUCUUGUGGUAGCAAAUGCAUCUGACGCCCCGGUAUCUGAAGUGCAAGCUGUUGAACCAGGGCAUACAAAAUCUGUGGCCAAUCAAACUAUGAAAAAUAUGCAAACCAAGCUUGAGGAAAUGGAAGUGCAACAUUUGAACAACAGGAGCGCUCACGAAGACGGAAACAGCAAGAAUGACAAAGGGGAAUCUUCACCUUUCUCGGAAGCGGGCCUUUCGGCUAUGCAUCACAGUCACAACUUGAGGCAUCUCACAGAACUGUUUCCGGUGGAAACUAAAGGGGACCGCGGAAUUGCAAACUCUCCAGACGGUAUGUCUGGACUUGCCGCUACUGGCGACGAAAAUUUGGCUAUUGCUAUUGCUGUAGAAGACGUGGAGGAAAAAGGUACUCUAGUAGCAGCUUUUGAAUAUGAUCCAGACGCCAAGCCAACCAUCUUCAAAAAUCGGAGGUUCCAAAUGUACACAAUUCUGGGUUGCCUGUUUGCCAUUGGUGCUAUUGUGACUGGCAUUAUUGUAUCAACCACCAACGCUGGUGAAGAUGAAACGGUCUUUGUAACUCUGUCACCAACUAUAACUCCGACAAUGGCUCCCACCACGCUUAUCUUCAACGAGCUUCGCAACGAGUUUGCCAAACAAAUCGGACCUCAGGCACUUUCAUCAGAGGAGUCAUAUGAAUCGGUUGCAAAAUGGAUCACAGAAGAAGAUCCGCUGCAAGUUACACCGGAUGAUUCCAAUUUUUUGCAGCGGUAUAUUUUAGCAUUAUUCUGGUUUCAAACAACAAACAAUGGAAUGGACCCCUGGUUGUCCUGCAAUCGUCCAGUUGGUGAAGAGGAUGAGACUUGUAUGUUUUUGAAUUUUACAACCAUUGACGACAACUUCGAAAUUGCAUACAAAGAAGAAUCCGCAGUUAGAUGGCUGUCAGGAACCAAUGAAUGUAGAUGGCCAGGCAUUUUCUGUCACGAGGGCAGCGUAGUCAGUAUCCGCUUGGCUGGCUGCAGCUUAAAUGGGCCAAUUCCUGUGGAGCUGCAAUUUCUCAACGUUUUGAAUUACUUGGGAUUGCAUUACAACCUUCUGACAGGAGUUAUCCCAUCGGAGGUAGCAGGACUCAAAAACCUGAUUGCCCUUGAAUUGCAAGGAAACCUGCUUGAAGGUCAGAUUCCUGCUGACCUUUUUACCUCAGAUAUUCUGUUGGUUAUGAACCUUGGAGACAACCUUUUUGCUGGUACAAUACCAGACUCCAUUGGGAGUAUGUCGUCCAUUCAAGGACUUUUCAUGUACGGAAAUGAUUUUCAAGGCCAAUUGCCAGACUCAUUGGGCAAUCUCUCGAACCUUCAGUUUACAAGAUGGCAGAGAAACCGGUUCAGUGGCUCAACACUCCCAACAACAAUAGGAAAGCUAACAGAUCUCGAGGAGCUAUGGAUGUUUUCCUGUGACAUGGGAGGAAAAAUUCCGACAGAGAUUGGGGACAUGACCGAAAUUCAAAACAUCCGGAUGAUGAACAAUUUAUUUACUGGCCUAGUCCCGCCUGGAAUUGGCGGACUGACCAAGUUGACAAGUUUGGAAUUGCAAGAAAACAGAUUGAGCGGUCCACUGCCUGAUGAAAUUUACAACUUGACCGCCCUGACGGCAUUUGCCCUGUUUCGAAACGAAUUUACGGGAACAAUCAGUCCGCUCAUUGCAAGCAUGCAACAGUUGCAAUUCCUUGUGAUUCAUACUAACCAAUUUACAGGCCCAAUUCCAAAUGAGAUUGCGUUGCUGCGGAACCUUGUAACCGUGUGGAUAUACUUCAAUCAGUUCUCAGGGGCUGUACCGCUUGAUCUUUGUGAAUUACGAGGCCCAAGCGGUCUGCAGUUUCUGAAUGCAGACUGUCGGCCAGUUGGAAGUCCGUCAAAUGACUGCUUCUGCUGUACGGCAUGUUGCAAUCGCGAAAAUGGCGCAUGCUUUGUUACCUAGAUGAAAGUCGCAACGGCACAACUAGCAACCUCUAACAAUGUUGAUUUCCUCUAACUUGUAAAAUGCGUCCAUUCUAACCCUGUUGGAUCACUAAAAUGCAUUUUACGUCCGUCUGUUUGCCAUUUGACGUCUGCCGUUGUCUAGAAAAGAAAAUUGCAUGCGCAGGAAUCUUUUGGGAUCCACGGUAGUUUCUUUCUUUUCUAACCAAGGAUGUUGCAAAGCUUCUUUUACGUUAAUCGGAUGCUUGGGUCC